AUGAGGGGUUGGGCGGGCGGCACGGGUGCGCGGCGGGCGGGGGCGGUAAUAUCGAUCGCCGCAUGCAUAAUGAGGCUCCCCCCUGCCCUCGCUAAUCACGUCUGUUUGUUUUGCCUACGAAUCGCAACUCGUGGGGAAUAUUUUCUCUUGCAAUCUGCAGAGAGAGCCGUCGCAGCCACAGACAAAGUCCACCAUCAAGACCCGAAUACGACGGAACAGAGUGAUAUUUCUGCUCAAACGAGCUGCCUCCUCCGCCCGCCUCCGCCCCCGGCCGUUCCGACUCAAAUUAAACAGCACUACAGUCGCACAUCGCACUACCGUCUUCUCGUUUCGCUACUUAACCACGAGCCGGAAUGCGUAGAACGUCGUGCGAACGCAAAAGGAGCGGAGCGUAAUGAGGGCCGAGAUAUCGCUGAAAUACGCCUCGUAUUUUUAAACGAAUCUAAACCGUACCCGCACACGUUUACUUCGGUGUACCCGCAGGAGCAAAAGUCGAAUAUCCUUACUAAUAUUGCAUCUACUGACAAAGUUAGUUCGGAUAUUUGCUCGAAAACGGCGAAACGGCUCGCCCCGGGCGAAGGCAACGUCGACACAAAUUGA